AUGGCCUAUUACUUGGACGAUAAGGGUCUCACGAGUUCACAGGAUGCUAUAACAGCCCUCAACUCCCUCCAAUCCAACUAUGCAGCCGUUCAAUCGGUCCGCCAAAAUAUCGAGGCCAAGAACAGGACUGCGAUCCCGGAGAUGGUCGAGUAUGUUCGCCGACUUGGAUACGAGCCGUCUGACCUCGAUCGACUCAAUCCCAUACAUAUAGCGGGGACGAAGGGCAAAGGCAGUACCAGCGCCUUCAUCUCCUCGAUCCUCUGCCAGUACCUACAAGGCACCUUGCAUCCCGAAGGAGAAUUUCAGCUCAAGAACGUUGGCUUGUACACUUCGCCUCAUUUACGGACCGUACGGGAGAGGAUCCAGAUCAAUAAUGCCCCCAUCAGCGAGGAGACAUUCACUCAAUACUUCUUCGAGACAUGGGACAGACUCGAAGAAGGCGCUACGAAGCGCAAGGAUAUCCUCACCAAGGAGCAUGAAGACUGGAUCCUCCCAAUACGACCAAUGUACUUUCGCUUCUUGACCCUCAUGGCCUUCCAUACCUUCAUGUCUCUCGGCAUGGACACAGCAAUAGUCGAAUGCGGUAUUGGUGGAGAAUACGACAGCACCAAUAUUCUCGUCAAACCUCGAGUAUGCGGCAUCACAAGUCUAGGCAUAGAUCAUACACCGCUGUUGGGGGACGCAAUUGACAGGAUUGCAUGGCACAAGGCUGGCAUUAUGAAGAAGGGUGUUCCAUGCUUCUCCGCACCUCAACCGCCAGCUGCUUGCAAUGUGCUUGAGGCAAGAGCAAAAGAACUACAAGCAGAGAAUCUCACUUUCACGCCAGGAUCAGACUAUGGAGGAUCUGAUGACAAGAGGGUCGCCGCAAUACAACUCGGUCUGAACGGCGACUUCCAGCGAACGAACGCCAGUCUGGCAGUACACAUCGCUCAAGCCCACCUAGCAUCUCUAGGCCAUUCUCCGCACCCAGCCCACAGCAACAACCAAGCUUUGCCUCCAGAAUUCACCUACGGCCUCCAACACGUCCCCUUAUUAGGCCGCUGCGAGAUCCGGCAAGAGAAGGAUAUCACAUGGUACAUCGACGGCGGGCACACCCUCGAAUCGAUCAAGCUCACAGGAACAUGGUUCGCUUCUCACAUACCUCAACCCAUCAGUACCUCAAACCCUACCCCUAGCUCCUCAGAGUCCUCUCAAAGUCCUACCUCUCCUGCGCCACGCAUCCUCUUCUUCAACCAACAAACCCGGAACGCGCCCCUCCUGGUUCAGACACUGCAUCAAACAGUCUCAAACGCAAUCACCCCGCCCAAUGCCAUCCCACCUCACACCCACUCUACCUCCUCCUCGCCGCCAAAAACCCCCUUCACGCACGCCCUCUUCACCACAAACACGACCCACGCGACCACAGGCUUCCGACCCGAAUUGCAAAGCUUGAACGCGGAUGAGGAAGCGGUGAAGGCGCUUAGCGUACAGAAAGAGCUAGCGGAAGCGUAUACGGCGCUGGAUGCAAAGGCAGAAGUGGAGGUGAGGGCGAGUAUUGAAGAGGGGGUCGGGUGGUGUAGGGAUGUUGCGAGGGGCUGGAGGGAGGAGCAAAGGGGGAAAGUGAUGGUCCUGGUAACAGGAAGCGUACACCUCGUCGGUGGAUUCCUCGAGGUUUUGGAGACGGAAACAACGUGA